AUGGCAAAUGCCGCAUACAUAAGGCUGGAUCUGCCAGAUGAAGCUACGCAGCUCUUCAGCAAGGUUCAGAGUGACAUUCACGCUACUACGCCAACAAAGAAAAUCAACCGGGGUCUGGAUGUGUACUUAUACGGUAGCCCGGACUCGUGUACAGAAUUUUCAAGAAUAGUAGCCCGAGAGAAGGCCAACGAUAUUAAGGCACUCCUUGCUGAUGCACAGCUAAAACCUAGCAAGGCCCAGUCGUCUAGACCAUCAGUGUAUGGUCUAGAUCGAGGUGGCUUUCAUACAGAACCUGGUUACAUUGGGAUGGGUGUCCUUGUCUCAACAACAACUCCAAUCUCAAUCAUAUCCAAGCAAGGCACACAGCAUCUGAACUGGAAGACUGGAGAAUGUUUAUUGAUUAUGGGAGGGACGAAAGUGGAUUUUGAGGAAGAAGAGGGGAACAGAUUCUUGUAUUACUUCACAAUGAUACCAGUUGAGUACAUCUAA